CUAACAUAUAUAUUUUAUACAAUGCACAUUUAUUUCGCGCGCACACGAGGUUACAGAUUAAUCUUUGAAAAUGUUAAAUAUUUCUGUGAGACCGCGUUUAGGCGAAUAUUUUAAGCAGCUUCAGUACCUGUGGCAACGGCAUGAAAAAUACAACACAGCAGUUGAUUCAGCUAAGAUCAGGCAAGAGAGCAUAGAAGCCAGACAGAAAGAAAUCAUGGCACGUGGACUUCCUAAGCGAAAGCAGAUAAAGGGUGUUAAACAAAUUUUGCUAGUUGCCUCUGGUAAAGGUGGUGUUGGAAAAUCGACAACCGCAGUGAAUUUAGCGACAGCUUUAAAAAUUAUUGAGCCAAGAAAAUCAAUUGGCUUACUAGAUGCCGACAUUUUUGGGCCGUCUAUACCAUUGAUGAUGAAUAUAUACGAGUCACCCAUGAUAAAUAAAAAGAAUCUCAUGGAACCUGUUAUAAAUUAUGGUGUGAAAUGUAUGUCCAUGGGAUUUUUAAUAGACGAAAAAUCGCCAGUAGUAUGGAGGGGACUCAUGGUGAUGAAUGCAUUGGACAAACUGGUGAAUAAAGUGGCAUGGGGAUCACUUGAUUAUCUUGUGAUAGACACUCCUCCUGGUACAGGAGACACACACCUCUCCCUGAUUCAAAAUUACUUUAUUGCUGGCGCAUUGUUAGUAACGACGCCGCAAAAAGUUGCAUUAGAAGUGACCAGGAGAGGCGCAAAUAUGUUCAAGAAGUUGGACAUACCUGUUGCUGGUAUUGUGGAGAACAUGAGCACCGUUAUAUGCCCAAAAUGCACGACAGAGAUUUCAAUCUUUGGCAAUGCCACAUUAUCAUUAGCUAAAGAACUUGAUGUAGAUAUCUUACAGAGGAUACCAAUGCAUGAGAACAUCGCAGAAUGUUCGGAUAGUGGUAAACCAAUUGUUUUGGCAUUUCCAAAAACUAGACAGGCAGAGAUUUAUAGAGAAUUAGCAGAACAAGUCAUUACAUUUUUGAAUGAACAAGAAAUACAUGAGGAAUGAAUUUGUACUCAUGAGUAAUAUCUGUAUAUUUCCUUCUGUAAAUGUAAAUAAUAAAAAAGAUUGUAACAAGAA